AGCUGACAUAAUACACUUACAACACCAGAAAAGUCGUAACGCACAAGCACAUCACUCUAUGAACAACUCUUUCCAGGGCUGGGCCCCAGCGUCCAACGACGAAAAUUCUGAUACGCGUAUCCACAAGAAGGAAAAGCUCGAUCAUAUUGAUCCUAGUUUCAGUCGCGUGGACGACGAGGGGUAUUCCACCCCGACUGACCACGACGAAGUGUUCGGGAGCAACGUAGCGGCGGCAGCCGUUGCGGCCGCCGCGGCCAACGAUGCUGACCACCACUUGCACCACCAUGGGUUCCACUUGGACGACCAGUCAGUGGUUGGCCACGUCUCGCUCAGCUUGGGCGAGGUGAAGGUGGACGAAUCCAUGCCGCUCGAGACGCCAGAGCUCGGGGUUUCUCUCGGGCGCAAGGCGCGCCGUGGCACCAAGGGUCCUACUUCCGCGAAACGUGCGGAGCAAAACCGCAACGCGCAGCGGAGCUUCCGCGUGCGCAAGGAAUUGCAGAUUAAGGAGUUGAAGGACCAGGCGGACGAGGCCAAAGCGUUGCGUGCCACCAUCGAGGAAUUGAGACGCGAAAACAUGCACUUGCGUGACUACACGUUGGCGUUGCAGUCCAAGUUGAUGGAGCACGAGACGGGUGUGCCCACUCCACCGUCGCUGGUAUUUGGGCGCAACGCCGCGAAGGACGAGGUGUUUGACUUUGAUGCGAAGAAGAAAUAGCCGACAUUAGGGAAAUGUCCCGUGCCCUAGUGGUUUUGUAUUUUACUGUACUAUACUGGAGGAGUAUCCUCUGCCAAUGAACGAUAUGUGUAAGAUUAAAGUGAUUUGGGUUAUGGAAUUUUGGAACCGUUCGUAUAAAUAAACAGGGGAUGAUUGGAUGGAGCAUAAAUAUGGCAUAACGUCUCUACCC